CACUUCUAUAUGGAAACUAAAUGUCCACUUCUAUAUGGAAACUACAAGUGGUUAGUAUUACCAAAUCGGUGGGAUUACACGGAUGCCCGGAAAACAUCUCUUUUUGGUUCUCCAAUAAGAAAUCCUUUUGGGAUGCGGUAGGUGCUACCUGAACAACCAUGGCAAAGAAUCCACCACCUCAUGGUAAAAUUGGUUUUGAUAAUGGUUUUUCAACACUCUAUGAAGAUUUACUGUUGCCAAAUGCUAAGGUCUUAAUAUUUGUUCCUUUUUCAAAGAAACCCGAGGGCCAAGAUUCAGUAGCCUAGUCAGAUUUAUUUAUACUCAUGAGUUAUUUCAUAUAAUAUAAUAACUCCUUAAAGAUGAGAGUUCCUUAUCCACUAGUUCCAAGGCAGACAGAGAAACAGAGUAUUGGCUGAUAAAAUCAUGGAAGAAACAAAUUGGGAGCAAAGAUUACAUGCCUUAACUCAUCUUCUAACAGACCCAACAAUCAAACCUUCUCUUCAUUCUCAAUUAUUUAUAUCCAAUCAAGUCCCUUGUUACCUCAACUGGGAUUACCCACCAUUCCUCUGCAACAAACAAGAUGCAAACAACUUUCCAUCUCUACAUCUCAAAUGGGGUUUCACUCUCUUCUUAAAAAGGGUCUUAAGAUUGGGUCCUCCAUUAACUUCUUGGCGUUCACAGUACCCAUAUCAACAACCACCACCGCUGAUUCUGGCUAAAGGGUUAGUAGUACCAACUCAACUCGGAGAAGAACAGAGAAGAGAGUAUUUUAGAAAGAGAGUUAAGAGAAAACGUUUCGGUGGUUGGAAUAUUAAUCCUUUGAUUCCUGUUUUGGUACCAAAUCUUAUGUUGUUAUCACUUUUGUUUUUGAAACCUUUUUCUGAUGAUGAUCCUUGAUUAUUCAGUUUAUUCUUAUUAUUAUUGUUGUGCAUUUGGUGAAUGACAGCGUUUUUUUUUGUUGGUUUAA